AUGUCGUCCGUCGCUGAUAUCGAAAUCGAAAAGAAGGCCUAUCAAGAACAAUUCGAUAUUGUUCUCGGCCAGCUACGCGACGAUCCCGAAAAUGUCGAACUCAAAACCCUAAAGGAAGAGUUGAACAGCUUCAUCGAACUUCUCAAUGAACAGAUUGCUGAGCUCAAGCCUGCCCAGGCGCCCAAAGCCGCCCCCAAGCAACUAUCGCCGCCACCCGAGCCCGAGAAGUGGUCUCGCGAGAACCACCCCGCCUUUAAGAAAGCAGCUCCGGUCGAGGAGAAGGAACAGGCUCCCGCGAACUACCAGGUCAACGAUACCGUUCUAGCCAAGUGGCUAUCGGGCGACAAGGGGUUUUACCAAGGGCGCAUCACCUCCAUUACCGGAUCUUCAACAGACCCAAUCUAUACUGUCAAGUUCAAGACCUACGACAACACAGAAACCCUGAGAUCUCGCGAUAUCCGACCAGUUUCGAACAAGCGGAAAGCGGACGGAACAACGGCCACUUCUGCACCGGCGACACCUCCUGUUCCUGGACUGGUAACCUCCGCAGGCGCGACGGUAUACCCUGAGGCAAAGAAGGAAGCCGCACAAGACGGCGAAGUUAAGCCUCCCAAGCCGAAGAAGAUCAAGGCUAAGAAGGAGCUCGAGAACAACAAGAAUAAGUGGCAAGAGUUCAGUGCAAAGUCCAAGCUCGGAAAGGCUACUUCUUCAAAGAAGAAGGAUAGCAUGUUCCGCACUCCCGAUGGUGUUCACGGUAGAGUUGGCUUUACGGGCUCUGGCCAAGCUAUGCGAAAAGAUCCCACUCGAAGCCGUCAUGUCUAUCAAAUGAACGAUGAGCUAGACUAA